ACAGCUGUUGUGUCGCUGAGAAGAUCGCAGGAUGUGUUCAAUAAUCAGUGAAGAAGUGUAGGAAGAAAAGUGCGCUUAGUAAACAUUCCGCUAAAAUGUUCAGCUGACGUUAUAUUAUUAUUCCUUGAGCAUAAAUGUAAAGCUAAACAUAUAUUUGUAAUUUGUAACGUCGUUUCUGUGGUAAUGUGUUUGUGCGCAUGACUUGAAAUUAGCGACACACAAGCAAGAAGUCGCCAGGAGAAGUUUUAACAGUCUUCGGUCAGGAGAGGAUUGUUAUGUUUUUUCGUCAUGACUUUUACUUUUUAAAGAUUUUUAACCUACUAUGGAUGAAAUGCCGUCACUUUCGAGUAAUGACUGUAAUGACCGCGUUGGUGGGAAAAAGGUGAAGAAAAAGAAAAAGAGAAGUAAAACUACAGAGCAGCAUGAACUCACUGAAAGUCCACAGGAACAGACUGAGAAACGCUUUAAAAAGAAGAAGAGGAGAAACAGUAUUCAGGAAACGGAUAGUAAUUUGCAAACAAAGAAAAGAAGAAAGCUGGAUAAAGAAGGCGAGACUUCAGUGAUGGAUGAUGAUGUCUCAAAACAGCAUGAAGAACAAACACAAGAGCUUCAGGGUUCAAGGGAAGGGAAGACUUCUAAAAGAAAGAAAAAGAGAGAAAAGCUGAAACAGACAAACUGUGAAGACAUGGCAAAAGAACAGACUGACAUCAGGUCAGAGCAUGAGGAAGAGCCAAAUACGAGUGACCCGCCUGAUUUAAUCAUUACUGAUAAAAAGCGCGAAAGUAAAACUCCAAAAAAUAACAUUGAUUCAAAGCUCCUGGAAGAACUGAAAGAAUUGUGCCCUAAAAUGAAAUUAGAUUUCCGAAGCAGGAAUUGUAUACAAAGUAUAAUAAGGUAUAACCUGUCAAGGUUCAAGGAGUUUCGAAAACAAGGCAUCGAAAUGAGAAGUGGAAGAUUUUCCGCUGCAGAAAAUGAAAGGUUAAGACAGAACGUAAACAAAUUUAUGGCUCUCACAGGAGUGACAGAUGCUGUCAAGCUCUUUUUUCCCAGCCGGUACCCAAAAGAAGCAAAUGAACUGAGAAAGUUGAAAAAGAAGCACAGGUUUUUUGAAAGGAUUGCGGAUGGAAUUCCCAGGCUUUGUGAUGAUGUUUACGAACGUGGAAUCAGGGUCUAUGAUGAUAGAAACUAUAAGGGACAUUUUUCUGAGGAAGAAGAAAAAUUAGUGCUUAAGUAUUAUAAACGAUAUGGCGGGGACGUUCGAAAGAUUUCUGACAAGACAAAUCGAAGUUGGCGCAGCCUUCAGAGUCGGCUUUUAAUCAUAACUCAAAGAAAGGGACCGUGGAAUUCAAAGGAGGUGCAGAGGCUUUUAAGGGCUGUGCGUGACUAUGUUGUAUCUGUGCUGAAGUCUGCAAACCCUAAUCAAAGGAAACCAAAAAGAGUCAAUAAAGAAAUACUGUACAAAAAAUUACCCUGGAGCAAAAUUGCUGAGCAGGUGAAAACUCGAUGCUGGAUUACAUGCAAAGCGAAAUGGAUGUCUAUACUUGCUGUUCGGAUGUCCUCAGACGCUAUAUUUAAAGGCAGGUCUUUGGAGGCCAAAAUCAAACUCAUUAAAGCAAUGUAUGAAUUGCAAGUGGAGGAUGCUGUGGAUAUUCCCUGGGAGGAUCUCACAGCUGUUUUCGGGGAUGUCCUUCCAUCAUUUGUUCAAUCAAAGUGGCACCAGCUUAAAGUCUGCUAUGUGCCAGAUUGGAAAAACAAGUCUUUUGCAGACAUUGUUGACUUUCUCUAUGAGAAUGUUUUGCCAGGCCUGGUGAAAGACUGCGAAGACCUUGAUGAUGAUGAACUAAAGGUUGACCAGAUGAACAGUUUCCGGCUAGCAGAUAUUUUUCAGGACAUUAACGAGGAUGAAUGCUGUGACAGUGAUGAAGAAACUGGCCAGCAGGAGAAAAGCAGCUCUGCUUAAUCAGUUGCAGUCAGUGGAAAUAUUUGAAUGUUUUAAAGAAGAGACGUGUUCAGGUUGUACAUAGUUGCCUUUUUAUCCUUGUGUUUUUUAAUGAAUCGGGCAGGAAGUAAACUGCAGUUUUAUUGCAUUUUAAAUGUAUUCUGGAUAUGAAAUAUGAUUCAUUUUGUUUGUUAAACAAUUGUUUUUACAUUCUUAACUACAUGGAAACUCACAAGGAAUGAUCCUUUCCUGUAAGAGCAUGCAAACUAAAGAGUCUUGGAGGAUGGCUGUCCAAUUUGUUCUUGAGCCUUUCAGAGAUGUGAUCUUCUAAGAACACGUUUUAACACAGGGCUAUGUUGUUUUAUAUUUGUUUUUUUCUUUAUUAAAAAAAAUUUUCAUUUGAAAACUG